AUGCCUACGCUUCUUACAAGUAUUUCCAGAGAAUACAAACACCGCCGUUCACAUGAAAAAUCCAGAAAGGGCUGCUUGAGAUGCAAGAAACAGAGGAAGAAGUGCGACGAAGUACUCCCUGUUUGCACACGUUGCAAGAAGCGGAAUCACGAGUGUCAAUAUACCUUCCAGGACGAGCGCUUCAGGCCCAAAUCAAAACAAAUCAGCCCUGAUCCGGACCUGCUUGCACCAGAAAUCCCAGGUCUGGGAUACUUGAGUCUCAUCGAAGCCAGCCCGAAGAGCUUCGAAGCCCGCUCCGACGAUGCUUGUUCAAGUGUUUCCGGCUUUACUUCCGCAUCGCCAUAUCUUGCUUCAAGAGUUCCGGAAGGGUCGCGGGCAUCUCAUGCUCUCAACUCUGAGGAGCUUGAGCUGUUAAGUCAUUACAUUACACAUACUAGCCGCGUCAUCCCCUAUAAUUCAGAAGAUCUCUACGCUCUCCAUGUGGGCAUUCCGAAUCUUGCCUUUGGUAGCAGGCCUGUCAUGGAGUCUAUACUGGCUCUAUCGGCUGUGUGUAAGUGCUACGACAUUCUAAAGCACUCGCCGGCGCCUCUGGAGAGAUUGGACGAGAUACAAAGGCUGCUUGCUCUAGCAGAUCAGCAUCACAGAACAUCCCUUCACCAGUUACAGGGCGCUAUAUAUGACGAUCUCUGCGAUACAGUCUUGGCUAAUGCUGCACUGAUGGUGCUGUAUGCAUUGUCCGACCACACUGUACGGGUGUUGCUUGCUAAGAAAGCGAGGCGAACCGGAGAAAUAUUAUCCAACGACUUGUUGCCAAUGCAGUCACAGUGGAUAACUUCAAUACGUGCUGCUUCUGUAGCGUAUAUUGGCCUACUAAACAGCACAUGCGACGAUGUUGGAGAUGAGUUGCUGAGCCCAACUUUGACUGUGGAACACGAUGGCCCCUCAUGUUCAAGUAGCUUGCCUGGCGACGAUGUUUACUUUCCUGAAGACGGCCCUUCAGAGGAAACGAAGCAAUUACUGAUGCCAAUAGUGUCUGCUACAUACAGCACCGCCUUGGAGAAGCUCGACGCACGGGCACAGGCCGUCUGCAUGGAAGAAAACAACUUAUUCGCUCACGAUCCAAAUGUUCAGAAUUCCGAUCUACAAGUCUGCCUUGCGUCUCUCAAGCUUCUGGAGCAACUUUUUGCAAAGGUCUUCUCUACCUGCCAGUCAAGACCAGAACCAUCACAAAUAAUGUAUGCUACAUCGGGUUUCUUUCAAUGUGGCAAAUUAGACAAAGCCUCUCCGUGGCUGAGGAACUAUAUGGCUUCCGCGACAUCCGCCAGGCCAUCUAAUCUACUACGGCGAAUCAUCAUGUCCUUUGUGAACAAGGUACCAUUUGAGUUUCUCCAACUUGUUCAAUCAGCCUUGGAUUAUAUGCCAGUGGCAGUAAAUCAAAGCAACCCCAAUUCUCCCGAGCAAGGUGUGCCACUUACUGCGGCGCAACGGCUGGCCAUGAAUAUCUUUGCCCACUGGCUGGUUCUCGUUAUGCUUUUGGAUGGCGUGUGGUGGAUUGGUAGCAUUGGGCAGUGGGAAUUGGGACGGAUACUAGCAUUUGCAGAGACCCAAGAUUUGAGUCUUGGAUCUGCUGAGGCGGAUGGGACUUGGUGGCCGGAAAGUAUGUACGCGGUUCAGAAAGCAAUCGCCGAACGUAUAGAGUAA